UUGUUGACAUUCUGAAAAAUCAUGAAUGAUAUUAUUGAUAUUCGUGACGCUCCACACCACAGUACCACAUUUACACCGAGCCCAAGUAAUGAAAAUCGACAAUAUCGGAAUAAUCGCUACCCAUUACCCAACAUCCUCGUGAAAAUGACCAAAUUAAACAGGUACCCGUGGUAUUGGUCACGUGACUUCUAUUUCGAUACUCGAUAGGCUUAACCUCACAGACGACCAUCUAGAAAAUCGUAUUACUUUUAAACACGAUCGCCUACUUCAGAAAUGUCGGAAAGCGAUCCGGAUAGUGAUCUGGAGGAAAAUUCACGAUAUCGUGAACGGAUAUUGAGUCGUAGUGCAAGUAGAAGUCAUUCUCCAAGUGGAUCUGAAGCUGAAGAAAAUAAUGAGGAAGAAGUUGUUGAUGAACAAGAACCAGAAGGCGAGAAUAUAAAUUCUGAAGAUGAAUAUGAUGAAGAAGACGACCGUCCAUCCAAGAAAAAAAAGAAAAAUGAACGUUUUGGUGGUUUCAUCAUUGAUGAAGCUGAUGUAGAUGAUGAAAUAGAAGAAGAUGAUGAAUGGGAAGAUGGAGCUUGCGAAUAUGGUAUCGUUCCUAAUGAGGUUGAUGAAUUAGGACCAACUGCAAGAGAAAUUGAAGGACGCAGACGUGGAACUAAUCUUUGGGAUACUCAAAAUGAAGACGAAAUUGAAGAAUACUUGCGUAAUAAAUAUGCAGAUUCUUCAGCUACAAUAAAACAAUUUGGAGAUGCUGGAGAUGAACUGUCAGAUGAAAUUAUACAACAAACUCUUUUACCUGGUGUCAAGGAUCCAAAUUUAUGGAUGGUUAAAUGUCGUAUUGGUGAUGAAAAAAAUACUGCAUUACUGUUAAUGCGAAAGUUUUUGGCGUACCAAUUUACAGAUGAUCCAUUAAAAAUCAAAUCUAUAGUUUCUCCUGAAAGUGUUAAAGGAUACAUAUACAUUGAAUCAUACAAACAAACCCAUGUGAAAUCAGCCAUUGAAAACAUUAGCAGUCUUAAAAUAGGAUUUUGGAAACAACCAAUGGUUCCUAUAAAAGAAAUGGCUGAUGUCUUAAAAGUUGUCAAAGUACAAACAGGCUUAAAAGCUAAACAAUGGGUUAGAUUAAAAAAAGGUUUGUACAAAGAUGAUAUUGCUCAAAUAGAUUAUGUGGACUUGGCACAAAAUCAAGUACAUUUGAAACUAUUACCAAGGAUUGAUUGUACUAGACCACGUGGGGCUCUCAGAGUAUCAAUGGAUCCAGAAGCUUUAAAAAGAAAGAAAAAACGGCGUCCUGCAGCUAAACUAUUUGAUCCAGAAGUUAUUAGAUCUAUCGGUGGUGAAGUUACCAGUGAUGGUGACUUUUUAAUAUUUGAAGGAAAUCGAUACAGCCAUAAAGGAUUUUUAUACAAAAACUUUUAUUUAAAUGCAAUAAUAACCGAAGGAGUGAAACCUACACUAAUAGAACUUGAAAUAUUUGAAGACGUUCCUGAAGGUGUAAACAUAGAAUUAACAUUGUCGAAUAAAGAUAAUUUAAUAAACAGUCAAACCUUAUGUUCUGGAGAUAAUGUAGAAGUAUGUGCUGGAGAGUUGAUAAAUUUACAAGGAAAAGUAUUAUCUAUUGACGGUGAUACAGUUUUGAUUAUGCCAAUACAUGAUAAUCUUAAUAUGCCACUAGAAUUUAUGGCAAACGAAUUGCGCAAAUUUUUUAAACAAGGUGACCAUGUAAGAGUGGUAGGAGGACGUUUUGAGGGUGAUACAGGACUCAUUGUUCGUGUAGAACAAAAUCGAAUUGUGUUAUUUUCGGAUGUUACUAUGCACGAACUUGAAGUUUUACCUCGUGAUUUACAAUUGUGUACAGACACGGCUUCUGGAGUAGAUUCGCUUGGACAAUUCCAAUGGGGGGAUCUUGUACAAUUAGACCCACAAAAUGUUGGAGUGAUAGUGAGAAUUGAGCGUGAAAAAAUGCAUAUUUUAAAUAUGACAGGAAAAUUGGUUGAAGCUAAACCACAAUCUUUAAAUAAAAAGAAAGAACAUAGAAAUACAAUUGGAGUUGAUGGUUUGGGAAAUUCAAUACAAAGAAAUGAAAUUGUGAAAGUUAUUGAUGGUCCACACACGGGAUUACAUGGUGAAAUUAAACAUUUAUAUCGGCACUUUGCCUUUUUGUAUUCCCGUUUAAUGACAGAUAAUGGCGGAAUUUUUGUUUGCCGUCUAAGACACAUUGCCCUUGCUGGAAAUAUAAAAAAUAAACAAGCUAAGACUACAAUACAAAAUGGAUUUUCAUCUCCACAAGCUGUGUCACCAUGGCGUAGUAACUUUGGUCAAUUUGGUGCUAAAGCAAGUGUAGGAAUAGGAGAAGACACUUUUGUGGGAACUGGAGGUAGAUUUGGUAGUAUUCGAAGAGAUAUAAGAUUAAUUGGUCAAACAAUUAGAAUUACUGUUGGCCCUUACAAAGGGGCUGUUGGUAUUGUAAAAGAUGCAACAGAGUGUACAGCUAGAGUUGAACUUCAUUCUUCUUGUCAAACAAUAUCAGUGGAUCGAAGAAACAUAACAAUUAUUGUACAACAAUCCAAGGAUAGAAGACUAACAUCAUCAUACUCAAGAACACCAGUUAAUGCUUUAACAACUCCUGGAUAUCGUGAAGGAGGUAAAACUCCUGUGAUAGGUUCAAUGACACCCAACUAUGAACUUGGUAACCGUACUCCACACUUUGGGAGUACAACUCCAUCUCAUGAUGGUUCUAAAACACCCACCCAUGCUUGGGACCCAGGGUCAGGGUACACUCCUGCCAGAAUAUCUUAUGAAGAUUUAGAAUAUCCAUUGGGUUCUGAUACUUCUUACGGACAGUCUCCUAGUACAUUGUAUGGGUCUUCAUUACAUUCAUACUCGCCAUAUCAAGAAAUAUCACCAUCUGGUUGUAACAGUAUUAAUUCUUAUACAAAUACUCCAAGUCCAAUUGACACUGAUAGCCCCCGUAGUAUGCAGUUUUAUCCAACUGUGUUACCAAUAGCAGAAGGGCAUCUUAAAGACCAAAUCUCAAAAUCAUAACUCAUUUAUUAUACUAAUCAUGUUUAAAAAAUAAAAGUUGAAAAAUAUUA